AUGUCAGGGAUCAUCGUCGCUGGGGUUGAAGCAGGAGGAACAACAUUUGUGGUAUGCACUGCUGAAGUUUCGACCAAUGCCAAACCAAGAAUAUUACAUCGGAGAGCAAUUGAUUCCUCUCACUCAAUCCCAAAAGAUACCAUCCAACAGUGCACAGAAUUUUUCGAAGACUUGAAACCUCAAGGCGGCUAUUACGCACUCGGAAUCGCCUCGUUUGGUCCUAUUGGCUUGAAGGAGAAUGACGAAUACUACGGUUGCAUCUUGCCGGGGUCGCCGAAAGCUGCAUGGAGGAAUGUUAACCUUCUGGCACCAUUCAUAAAAGCUUGCAAAGGAACAAGAAAUCUGGCGGUGAAGAUUGAAACGGACGUCAAUGCCCCAGCCUUUGCUGAGUACCUCGAAAUGAAGGAUAUCUUGUCUUCAGUGGCAUAUGUGACCGUUGGUACUGGCGUUGGCGUUGGUUUGGUAGUGAAUGGGUCAACUGUGCAUGGUUGGAUGCAUCCAGAAGGGGGACAUGUGCCUAUCCAGCCGCUACCGGGAGACAUGUUCAAAGGAUACACCUGGGGUGAGAAAUCACCUUUUAACGGACGCAACACGGUGGAGGGAAUAAGCUCGUCUGUCGCACUCACUGAACGGCUGGAAAUGAUUACUGGCGAGCGGAAUCUGUCUCGAGCAUCUCUUGUAUCCCUUGAUGACGACCAUGAGGUCUGGGAUCACGCCGCAAAUGCACUCGCAAAUCUUGCAUCUACCUUAAUACUGACAACAUCUGUUGAAAAAAUCGUGUUUGGUGGUGGUGUAAUGAAUCGAAAAUGCCUUUUGGCAAAGAUUCGAGAACGGACCGUGCAACUCUUGAACGGCUACCUCGAUUUACCAGACUUGUCCACGUUCAUCACCGCAAGUAGUUAUGGAUCAGAUGUCGGCCUGAUUUCCACAGUUAUGUUGGCGCAACAAGCGUACUAUAGUAGUCUUACCAACGCUGAGGACAAAGACAAAAACGGAGGCAGGUUAAUGCCAUAUCAAAAGGGGUUUCUUCAUGGCUCAUUGAUGGGCGUUUUCAUAACUGUGGCAGGCGCUCUUUUCAUACAUAGUUUCCCAAAAAGAUACUAA